AUGCAUGUCCGCUCGUCCGAAGGCCUAGGAUGCAGUUUCGAUGCACUGGCCACGCUGAGCGAUCCGGAUCCUGCGGGUGCAGCUUGCCGUCAUCCCAUCAUCCUGAUCUCACCCAUCGUAGCCUACGUGUGGCUAGGCACGUUCUCGACAGUCGCCAUGCCGACCGGAUUGGCGGAAUUCACGCCGUACCAUAGCCUGGCUGGCGGGCUGAUGAUGGCGGCAUCCCUGCACACCCUUCUAUCCAAGCUGGGUCUCGUCCUCGGCAUCUCGGGCUUCUUCCACUCGACUGUCACCUCGACCCUGAACAAAACAGGACUCCGCAAGGACAGUACUGCGCCGUCUAUCUACUCGACCGUUGCUCCCUACUUUACCGCCGGUAUUUUUGCGGGUGGGAUCAUCCUCGGCCUAGCACGCCCCCGCAUCGAGACAGAACUCGGAGUCUCGAUUCUCGACAACGGUGGCGCAGUGCGAAGCAACAGCCUCUUGCUGUCUGUAGCUUUCGGCGCUCUCGUCGGCUUCGGUACAAAGCUCGGCAACGGCUGCACGUCGGGUCAUUUCCUGUGUGGUCUGUCGCGCUUCUCGCUGCGCUCCCUCGUUGCCACCGCUACAUUCUUCGGCGUAGCUGUACUCACCCAUGUCUUCAACGUCUUCAACGUGGCCAAGUCUGCCACGCCGACGCCGGCCUUUGGGUCUGCCUUCGCCAGCCACCUUCCUGCUGCCUUCCCCAAACCCAACCUGGGCACUUUGCUGGCCCUCCAGCUUCCCGCGUUGGCCUACCUUGCUGCGCCUUCCGUACUUCAGGGCGGCGAACCGUCGGAUUCGACCUCAAAGACACGCGCGGCAAAGCAGCUCUUGGCCGCCAAAAUCAUGGCGCUAGCAGUGGGUGUGCAUUUCAGCUUCGCUCUCGGCGUCAGCGGCAUGAUGAGGCCUUCCAAGGUACUCGGAUUCCUUUCCCUGUCUCCCGCCCUGGUUUCGUCGGGAAGAUGGGAUCCAUCACUUGCUAUGGUCGCCAUUGGCGGCAUCAUCCCAGCCUCAAUCGCAUACUUUCAGCAGGUAAAGCCCAAGCAGGAUCAACUUCGUCGGCUCAGCUCUUCUUCCAAGAAACCACAAGAUGCCAGCAGCCGGCUGCGGCCAAGACUGUCGCUUGUAGCACCAGAAUGGCGGACACCAGCUGAUCCGUCCAAGAUCGAUGCCAGACUGGUCCUGGGCGCCAUCCUCUUCGGUCUUGGCUGGGGAGCCACUGGACUGUGCCCGGGACCAGCGCUCGCCUCCCUGGCCUCAUUGGGAGCAGAGGCAGUCGGACGAGGCAGCAUGUCGGCUGUCUCGGAUCUCUUCGUGUUUGUAGCAACCAUGGCAGCGAGCGGCCAGCUUGCAGCCAAGAUCUAA